AUGGCCAAAGCUCUCACCGCAAAGUGUAUCACCUGCAGGAAACUUCGCAAGAAACCGCUAGACCAGCUAAUGGGGCAGAUACCGACUUUACGAGUGGCAGCUGGUUUUCCUCCCUUUUCCAACACCGCCAUUGACAUGUUUGGACCCAUGCAUAUUAAGCUCAAUCGGAAGACUCUGAAAGAAGCCCAGGUCGUAAUAUUCGCCUGCAUGACAACAAGGGCAGUUCACUUAGAACUUGCUAGCGACAAAACAUCUGAUACUUUCCUGAUGGCGUUCCGUCGUUUCGCGAGCUUCCGUGGUCACCCGAACGUUUGUUGGUCCGACUGUGGUACAAACUUUGUUGGUACACAAGCUUACUUCAAGGAAGUUAUGCGGAACUGGAACCUUCCGAAGAUUCAAAGUGUUCUGUCAGAGGAUUUCUGUUGUGAAUUCAAAUGGCUAUGGAAUAUACCUCACGCAAGCCAUCAAAAUGGUGUCGUGGAAACCCUCAUCAAAUCUGUCAGACAAAGUCUCGCUGCUACCUGCAAAAGUCAAUCCUUUGCCGAAGAGCAAUGGAGAACAUUUCUGUCAGAGACAACCUACAUCAUCAAUGGACGUCCUUUGUAUCCAAGUUCUAACGACAUCUGGGAAGGUCCACCUAUCACACCAAAUGAUAUUCUCAUAGGUCAUCAUCUUCCACCACCUCAACCAGAGUCUGAAGAAAGGGUAAACCCUAGACAUCUUCUAAGAAGUACCCAAAACCGGGUGAACGAAUUCUGGAAAUGCUGGAUGAGGUACUUCACACCAAAUCUGUUACCACGAAACAAGUGGUUCCGUACCAGAGAAAAUGUUAAAGUAGAUGAUUUAGUUUUGGAGUUGGACCCCAAUCAGAAAAGAUCACGAUGGAAGCUGGCUCGUGUCGUCACCACGUAUCCGAGAAACAAUGGUCUGGUCAGAAAGGCGAGAAUCAAGACCCAGAUUGGUGAAUAUGACAGACCAAUCCACAAGUUGUGUCUCAUAGCAACCAAGGAGGAACUAAAUACUUAA